ACAAUUGCAAAUUCUCUCUGAAGGAGAUUCUGGGCUGCGUUGCAAUUUCCCGUCCUCGCUUUACAGGCCGGUUCGGUUCAUCUGCGCACUUGCUGCGCGUAAUCAAGCAGAACCGCGGGUCAAGGAAUUUUCUUCUGUACAAUUGGCAUUCACGAACCCAAAAGGCACUGAAACGAAACGUUUUGCGGCGAUGUUGAUCGUUUGGAAGGCUUGAAAUUCAAUAAAACCACGCGCGCGGGACGUCGUUGCUGCGCUCCUGCCGUUAGCCAGACCUAAAUCAGCGCGGAUGACUACCGAGGGCAUAAGCACGCAUGUGAGUGCAGGUGAGUGCCGUCCCGGCUGUUCGUACUUCCGGAAGAGUCACUCAUCCGCAUCAUAUCAUCCGCGAAUCAUGUCAAGUAGCGUGGCGCCGCUGUUGCAAUCAACCACAUACAGAUCAAGCAGCCAUGGCAAUGACAAUAAUGCUUUCUGUGCGUUCCGCUGGAACGCUGUCGCGGGUCGGCGCCCUCCGCGCCACGAGUCGCCGAUAUGCCGUGCCUGUGACAGCCCACAUGGACAAGGACUUCCCCUUCUCGCGGCCCAAGGGCGUGGAGCCGCCGGCCGAGUACAAGGAGCUGCGCAGCAAGUGCCCGGUGGCGCCGGGGCGCCUGUUCGACGGCAGCAAGAUCUGGCUCAUCUCCCGGCACAAGGAACUCAAGGAGGUGCUCCAGGAUGGCCGCUUCUCCAAGGUCCGCACGCUGCCCGGCUUCCCGGAGUUGAGCCCCGGCGGCAAGGCGGCGGCGCAGAGCGGCAACGCCGCCACCUUUGUGGACAUGGACCCGCCGGAGCACACCAAGUACCGCGGCAUGGUGUGGCCGUACCUGACCCCGGAGGCCGUCGAGCAGCUGCGCCCCUCAAUCCAGGCCAAGGCAGACAAGCUGGUUGACGCCAUGAUCGCCCGCGGCGGGCCGCUGGACCUGAACGAGGCCUUCUCCAUGCCGCUGCCAUUCCGGGUCAUCUACGACUUCAUCGGCAUUCCCGAGGCCGACUUCGCCUACCUCUCCGCGAACGUGGCGGUGCGCUCUUCCGGCUCUUCCAACGCCAAGGACGCGGCGGCCGCAGCAGACGACCUCGUCAAGUACAUGGACAACCUGGUGGCCGAGAAGGAGAGGAACCCCACGGGCAAGGACCUCAUCAGCGAGCUGGUCACCAAGCAGCUGCGCCCCGGCCACAUGACGCGCGAGCAGCUGGUCCAGACCGCCUUCCUCAUGCUGGUGGCAGGCAACGCCACAGUGGCCACCCAGAUCAACCUGGGCGUCAUCUCACUGCUGCAGCACCCGGACCAGCUGGCCGCCAUGAAGGCCGACCCCGCCCGCCUGGUGCCCGCGGCGACGGAGGAGAUCUGCCGCUUCCACACCGGCUCCUCCUACGCGCUGCGCCGUCUGGCCGUGGCCGACGUGCAGGUGGACGGCCAGCUGGUGAAGAAGGGCGAGGGCAUCAUUGCGCUCAACCAGUCCGCCAAUCGCGACGAGUCCGUGUUCCCCGACCCCGACCGAUUCGACAUCCACCGCCAGUCCAACCCGCAGCAGGUUGGCUUCGGCUACGGCACCCACGUGUGCGUGGCGGAGUGGCUGGCGCGCGCUGAGAUCCAGGUGGCCAUUGGGACGCUGUUCCGCCGCCUGCCCAACCUGCGUCUGGCCGUGCCGGAGAGCCAGAUCCAGUACUCGGACCCCGCACGCGACGUGGGACUGGCCGCCCUGCCCGUCACCUGGUAGAUAGAUGUGUGCCCGUUACUACAUACCUGGCCGUUACCGGGUGCCGUUACCGGGUAGAAGCGAAACGGUGCAGUUGUGUACGGGAGCGGACGGGUGAGGCCGUACAUACAUACAUAUGCAGGAUGCAGGAGGAGGGAAGGAGGGAAUAAUGAAGGACGCGGCAGGACGUGAGGUUGGGUCCAGGGGGGAAUGCUGGGCAGAGGGGCGAGGCAGAAGACAGGUGCAAGCAAGGAAGGACGGGCGCCUUCGGCAUGUCUGCUCUUGUGUAUAUGAUGACAUGCGCCACAGCCGAACUGGCACAACACCGCUCCUGGGCGGAGUUUUACCAGAACGGUGAUGGCGCAUGUCAAUGACCCCGGACGCACAGUUGCGACGUGAGCUCUGCCGCCAUACAUAAUCAGCGGCCAUACAUAAUCAGGCCUUCGGUUUAGGCAGCGGCUGUCAUUUAAAGGGAAUACAUAAUUAGGUGGUUUGCAAGACCUGCCUGCGGCACGGUAAAUCUUGAGAGCGUGUCCCGCGCGCGCGCACGCCUCAUUACUAUGUCGUGGAUGUGCGGGCCAGGUGCCCAGGUCCAUGAAGUAAGGGAACUGUAGUAUUGGUUUUGGGCGUUGUAAGUCUUUACAACU